AUGGCGACUUGGGCUACUCGCUGCUUGGCAGCGCACACGCUGAGUCUAUGGUGCGUGUGCUUUGCGGAAAUAGCUGCUGAGAGCGCUGGAAGGCACCAGCCUCUCGCACUUUGGGCGACGGUGGAGCACAAUUCCUCUGCAGAGGCAGCUCCGACUUACGCAUCCAUGGCUGGAAACGAUCCUGCUUCUGGCAAAGACUGGAAAUCUAAGCCCAAGCAGCAGGUGAAAGCGUGGAACAACAGCAUGCAGCACACGUAUCAUACCUACAUUCCUGGCAAAUAUCAAGCUUUCCCAUCCAAAGUUGCCAGUAUCCGUGCCGACACGGCUGGGUCAACGAAGGAGCAGAGCUUCCACGAUUACUCCAGGUCGUAUGGAGGGCUUGGCCAGAUGGGCGUGCAACAGGCCAAGCACGCAAAGCAUGGCCAUAGUAACAAGCAUGCAGAUUCGAGCGAUGGGAGCCACGAUGGCCACGAAGGCUCCGACGACUACCAGCACUUUAUGCCUGACUUUUCAGCUCACGAUAAGGGGCCUGGCGGCGACGAGCAGCUUUCGAGCGAUCAUCUUGACAUGCGUGAAGAUUACAAGAAGUACAUGAAUAGCUACAACACACACGGGCCCAGCAACAAGUACGUGCCCGAUUUGGAUGAGCUGCGUGAAGAUGAGCGUUCCGACUUCAUCCCUUCCGGUUCUGAGGAGCCAGCAGCAUCUCCCAGCCGCAACUCCCUGCGAUCUGGAGACCAUGGCGAGGACACAUCCACUGGCCAGGCCCAGCGAUGGUCGCUGGGCAGCUACAUGCAUAGGACCGGCUGGAAGAAGCAGCUUUCCGGGGUCAUCCCGUCCUUUGUGCCAGGGGAGUUUGCCUCAGCUCAGCCGGCGCCGGCUGCUGCAUCCUCCAAGUUCUUGGCACGUCCGAGUGUCGGCAACACUGCUGAGGACUCGGCCGAUUGGUGGCAGCUUCCAGUAGUGAUAUUCGCUGCACUGGCCUUUGCGACGCUCGUCAAGGCAUCUAGCAGAAGGACCAUUACCCCUCCGGAGCAACUGCUUGGUUGA